AUGGAAGAUGAGAAUGCAUUUGCCAACUAUGUGAGAAUGCCACCCCACAUGUUUGAUGAGCUCCUCAACAGGAUUAGCCCAGUCAUCCAGAGGAGGGACACCCACAUGAGACCAGCCCUAGAUGCCGGAAUGAAGCUAGCCAUGACUCUCAGACACCUGGCUACAGGAGACCGGUAUCACACCAUCCAGUAUGACUUCCGGUGUGGCUACAGCACAGUGGUAUGGAUUGUGCAGGAAGUCUGUCAGGCCAUCAUACAGGAGCUGAAGGAUGAAGUCAUGCCACUGCCAAGGACCCAGGAGGACUGGAAGGACAUUGCCCAGCAGUUCCAAGACCGGUGGAAUGUUCCUCAUGCCCUGGGGGCCUUGGAUGGCAAGCACAUAGCCAUCAGGAAACCACACAACUCAGGCAGUGUGUUCUUCAACUACAAAGGUUUUUCUCCUGUGGUGCUGUUGGCCCUGGUGGAUGCGGACUAUAAAUUCAUCUGGAUAGACACUGGUGGAGAAGGUCAUCAAUCCGACGCACAGCUGUUUGGUGCUUCAGAACUGAAAGAGUGCAUUGAUGACAACACCAUAAACUUCCCGGACAGCGAUCCCCUGCCCAAUGAUGACAGAGACACACCCUACUACAUCCUGGGGGAUGAUGCUUUUCCUCUGAGGACUUUUCUCAUGAAACCCUAUGGCAGGAGGGGUCUGGACAAUGACAUGCUGGUGGCCAACUACAGAUUAUCCAGGGGCAGACGUGUGGUGGAGAAUGGUUUCGGAAUACUGGCCAACAGAUGGAGAUGCUUCCUGGGCACCCUGGAACAAGGACCUGAUGUGGUGCGGCUACUGGUGGAGACAGGAGUCAUCCUCCACAACUUACUGAGGAUCAGAUUCCCUGCUAUUGGCAAUGCAGAUGUGGACCGGGAGGAUGAGGACCACAACAACAUCCCUGGUGCCUGGAGGGCAGACCAACAGGUGGAGGAGAUACCCCAGUUCCAGGCACCCAACAGAGACAAUCGUGAGGGCAAAGUGAUGAGAGACUAUCUUAAGGCCUACUUUAACAGUGAAGCAGGUUCAGUUCCGUGGCAAGAAAGACAGGCAGGAGUGAAUGUUAACUGA